CAUUCUGCUGUUCCUUGCAGUUUCUGCUACAGAAAAUGAGUUUAAGUAAAGGCGAGAAAAAGGGAAAUAUAUUCGAGAAAGCAUUAACAGAAUAUCUUCGCUUGCUUCAGCGGCGGCCAGUGGUAACGAAAGCAGUGACCAAUGCACUGGUUUCUGGACUUGGUACUAUCAUCUCCCAGCUGAUAGUUAAAGACUCACGAGCUAAAGGAAGAAUAUACUGGAGAAGUGUAUUUGCAUAUAUGUCUUUUGGAUUAAUUGUGAGUGGACCAAUUACUCAUCAUCUGUAUGCCUUCAUGGAGAAAUAUUUCCCACGAGAGAAAAAGUAUUCUUCUUUGAAAAGACUGCUUUUUGACAGACUAGUGUUUGCACCACCAUUUCUGCUUGCCUUCCUAUAUUAUGUGUCGAUUGCUGAGGGAUCUGGACAUGAUGCAGCGAUGGAGAAAUUAAAGCAGGUGUACUGGAUGAUUCUGAAACUUAACUGGACUGUGUGGAGUGUAGUACAGUACAUUACAGUUAACUACAUUCCUUUAAAGUUUCGCACAUUGUUUGGAAAUUUGUGUGGAUUGGUGUGGAUGAUUUUCCUUUCUGUCAAGCGCCGUCAGGCUACUGCAUAAUGCUUAAUGACCUGAAGAUGACUUCACAUUAUGUAAACAGUGCUUCUCCAGAAGAGACAGAAGCUUGUGCACCCCUUUCUCUAUGCACAUGCAGUACUUGUGACUUUAUUUUUUUUUAUAAUAAAUAGAGUUUAUUGAUAAUAUUUAAUGCAUUUUAAGGUACAUCAAAGAAUUCCAGGUAUGCUUUUUGUCUUAUUGCUCACUAGCUCCAAGCAUGUACAUUAACCAGAUGGUCCUCCAAGAUCAACUAUGCUCAUAAAUGGCCAUUCUGAUCUUAGAAAAUGCCAGUUACAACUAGCUGGGUGAUUCACAUGGUCUGCUAUUAAGUUUUUAACAUGCUGAUUUCAAGCUGUUGAGCAUAAACAAUAUGCAGCCUUUGGUCACUGCCUUUUGACCAGCAAAGGUCAGUAUUAACACUUUACAGUUAAACUUCUAGCCCAUUCACUGAGUAAUAUAUAUUUUUUUACUAUUCACUCGUGGUGGACUGCAGAAUUAAGCAGUAAGAUCAAUACGUAAAAAUCUGCUCCUCCAGACUGUGCUAAGGACAGUCUCAAUGCCAUAGUUUGUGAUUGCCAUCUAAGCCUUCCCUGGGUUUGGUUUAUAUAUAUACUUUUUUGUAAUGCAAGUACUUUUUAUGUAAGUACUUUUACUUGGCACUAUGCGGUUUUAUGUAUACAUGUAUACAGAAAGACAUGCAUUUUAGUGUCUUUGCAGAUUAUUUGAUGAAGUCUCAAUUAUUUUUUGGUUGAAUACAUCCAGCAAGAAUGAGCCUUUAGUGCAUUUUUUAAUAUUGUGUGCAACAUAAAACCUACAAACAUCGACAAUUACAUUAGCUGUUCAAAAACCUUGGGUGCAUUUUCCAUACGGCAGAUGUGUGGAGAUCCAGGGAGAAGCGGAUAGCGGUGAGGUCAGCAGGCAGCGAAUUUAUUUUUCUUGAAACUUGUUACAUAGGAACCUUACCUGAGCCUUCUGAUUGGCCGCCUGGCUCAUGUGACUUAAUCUUGUAUCCAGAUAAGAGUCAGUGAUGCUGAUGAGCAUCUGCUGCUGGGUGUAGCUUUGUUUGAAACACACAGGCUAAUAAAGUUUAUGGAAGACACCAA